GGCUCUGACUGUCCGGCAGUCCGCGUGGCGCCCGCACUGGCCUUCCUGCAGGGGACUCUGCCGGAGCUUUGCCAAUUCCGUUUGUUUCCCUGUUGUCGCCCGCUUCACCCUGGAUCAUGUUCAAGAAGUUUGAUGAAAAGGAAAGUGUGUCCAACUGCAUCCAGUUGAAAACGUCAGUUAUUAAGGGCAUUAAGAGCCAACUGGUAGAGCAGUUUCCAGGUAUUGAACCAUGGCUUAAUCAAAUCAUGCCUAAGAAAGAUCCUGUCAAAAUAGUACGAUGCCACGAACAUACAGAAAUCCUUACCGUAAGUGGAGAAUUACUGUUUUUUAGACAAAGAAAGGGGCCUUUUUGUCCAACUCUAAGAUUGCUUCACAAAUACCCUUUUAUCCUGCCACACCAGCAGGUUGAUAAAGGAGCUAUCAAAUUUGUACUCAGCGGCGCAAAUAUUAUGUGUCCAGGUUUAACUUCUCCUGGAGCUAAGCUGUACCCUGCUGCGGUAGAUACCAUUGUAGCAGUCACAGCAGAAGGAAAACAGCAUGCUCUGUGUGUUGGGGUCAUGAAGAUGUCUGCAGAAGAUAUUGAGAAAGUCAACAAAGGAAUUGGCAUUGAAAACAUCCAUUAUUUAAACGAUGGGCUGUGGCACAUGAAGACAUAUAAAUGAGCCUCAGAAGGAAUGCAUUUGGGGGGCUAAAUGUAGAUAUUGAUUGUGUCGUACGUGUGUUUGUGUCUGUGUGUGACAGCGUGAAGACAAUGCCUCUGUGGUUAUGCUAAAUAAGUUUAACAGAUACUUUAUAGAAAACAAAUCAGGGUGCUCUUACCACAGAGGAAAUAACAAAUUAGGGGACAAGCAGUAAGCAGUCGGCUACACUCUGGAAUGUGAAAGGAAUGGCUGGACUCUGUGACUCCCGGCAAACUCCACAGCCUCUAGUUGUCUUCUUAGGAAGCUUGGAAGCAAUCAAGAAUGGUCUAACAUCAAGAUGUCUACCACAGGGCCCUCUACAAAAGCAGCCUCGGGGACUCUGGCCUUUCCUUGAGACCUGCAUCUCUUCCCUUCUUCAUCGCCUGCUAGUGAACUAAGGCUGCCGCUAACCUUCUUCAUCCUUUGGUGGCAAAGUAGAAAGAUUCCAGAAUUAACUUAGACCUUUCUAAAGACCUGGGUUCAGUGGCAGCUGGCAUUGACUGAGCACCCGCUAUGUGCCAGGCACUGUGCUGGACGCAUUGUAAGGACUAUCUUACUUAUUCCCCACAGCAGCCCUCAGAGGGGAUGCUGUUGUCCUCUUUUUACACAUAAGAAAACUGAAGCUCAGAGAGGGAACUGCCUUCCUCAAGGUCACCCAACUACAAGUAACAAAGCCUGUGCUUGUAACACCAAAGACCACUUCCCGCUGACCCUGUGCCAGGCUUGUAAGUUUCUCUGGGCCUCCAUUCCCUCCUGUAGGAAAUUGGAG